AUGGCCUGUGCCCGGAGGGACGGCGAGGCGGACGGCGAGCCCGACCGCUCCCUGCGGCACAUGCUGCGGGCGAUAGCGGAGGAGCGGAGCCGCGCCGGCCUCCGGCACGACAUCAGCGGCCUCGGGUGUUUCAAAGAUGACCGUAUCGUGUUCUGGACUUGGAUGUUCUCCACGUAUUUCAUGGAGAAGUGGGCUCCCCGGCAGGACGACAUGCUCUUCUACGUCCGACGGAAACUGUCCUACGUCAGCGGGGAGAGCACCGAGGGUAAAAAGCAGGUUGAAGUUGAAGUUUACCGAAGAGAUUCUAAGAAGCUUCCUGGCCUGGGAGACCCUGACAUUGACUGGGAAGAGAGUGUCUACUUGAACCUCAUCCUGCAGAAGCUGGAUUAUGUGGUGACCUGUGCUGUGUGUACACGCUCCGAUGGAGGAGAUAUUCAUAUUCACAAAAAGAAAUCUCAGCAAGUGUUUGCAUCUCCGAGCAAACACCCGAUGGACAGUAAAGGAGAGGAGUCAAAGAUCAGCUACCCCAAUAUAUUCUUCAUGAUUGACAGUUUUGAGGAGGUUUUCAGUGACAUGACUGUGGGAGAAGGAGAAAUGGUCUGUGUGGAGCUAGUGGCCAGUGAUAAAAGCAACACCUUCCAGGGGGUGAUUUUCCAAGGGUCCAUCCGCUAUGAAGCACUCAAGAAGGUCUAUGACAACAGGGUGAGUGUUGCAGCUAAGAUGGCUCAAAGAAUGUCUUUUGGCUUUUAUAAAUACAACAACAUGGAGUUUGUCCGAAUGAAGGGACCACAGGGAAAAGGACAUGCAGAGAUGGCAGUGAGCAGAGUUUCCACUGGUGACACUUCACCGUAUGGGACCGAAGAAGAUUCCAAUCCAGACUCCCCAGUGCAUGAGAGAGUUACUUCUUUCAGCACACCACCGACCCCAGAACGUAACAACCGCCCGUCCUUCUUCUCCCCAUCCCUCAAGAGAAAAGUGCCCCGAAAUCGAAUUGCUGAGAUGAAAAAGUCCCAUUCAGCAAACGACAGCGAGGAGUUCUUCAGAGAUGACGACGGUGGAGAUCUGCACAACGCGACGAAUCUCCGGUCGCGCUCCCUGUCUGGAACAGGACGCUCGCUGGUGGGCUCGUGGCUGAAGCUGAACAGAACAGAUGAAAACUUUCUACUCUAUGCACACUUAACAUACAUCACUUUGCCAUUGCAUCGAAUUUUAACAGAUAUCCUGGAAGUGCGGCAGAAACCAAUCCUGAUGACAUAGCAGAGAGCGGGCACUGCCUUGGAGCCUUGUUGCCAAGUGCCUAUCCACAGCGGUUUUCCGUGCUAACACUACCAUCUAGUGUCAGGAACAGAGACCUCCGCGGGAAACAGGGACGUCCAGGAAUACCAGCCGAUCAAAAGUGCCUCUUUCUUCCUUCCUCUGCUGUCACACACCGAAUGCCCACAUCACUGGAGUGUUUCUGACUGGAAGAGGGCUUUCAGCAAGAUAAAAUGAGAAGGGGCUGCGUUUAAACUGAGUCAACGCUUUACGGACAGUUUGCUACUGUGUUUACUUUAUAACUAAGAAGCCAACAACGUGUACAGAAUGUGUUAAACUUUAUAUUCUUCGGGAGAAACGUUCUAAGAAUUUCAUAAUGAUGUGCUCUAGGACAUUUGCUCCAUAGACUCUGGCCAUUCCCUCUCCUCGUCUGAUCGGCCGUGUGCGAGCGCGUGUGCGUGUGUGUGUACGUGUGCGUGGGGAGAGAGCAGCUUCCUGCCAAGGGAAGAGAAGGGAAAAGAUACAUUGCUGUUUUGGUAUGUGCAGCAGGUCAGGUCAGAGCUUAAAAGAGGCUGAAGAUGUUCCCAUUUUUCGUGUGUCAGUGUUAGGACAGGUGAACUCUGCUGACAGAUUUCCGUAUCUACCAAAGAACAGCAACAUUUUCAUCCUCAAGAGCUGGCUAAGGAAAUGAGCCAGUGAAAAGAAGGCUAAAAUGUGCUGCUAUAGUAAAGCUGAGGUUCAUCUCCAGUACUAAUGCUGCUUGUCUUUCUCUCAGCUGAGUCAAUACCAGUUUGAGUCUGAAGUGAAAAAAACAGGAGACUGUAAUUGGUCUCCAGAGGCCUAAAACCUUACCAGUAACCCAUCCUCCUGCAAGCGCUGGAUUUGAGGGUUUGUAGUUGCCCUUGCAGUACCCUUUGUGGCCAAGGAGGGCAUGGGAGCUGCUUUGUGGUCAGGCAGCUUGCCCGGAUUUUCCAUCUUUGGUUGUUACAUGCUGAAGCACAGAGAGCUUUCUUGAAAUGCAAAAGGUGGAAACACAAUUCUUUUCUGAAAAGUGAGUAAAAAUUGCAUAGCGGGAGGUCUGGAAAUGGUGUGUCAGGAGCUCUCAGGAAAACAGCCUUAUGUUUACACAUGAAGUUCGGAUCUCUCUAAACAGCAAAACUGCUGUCCUUGACAUUUGAAAACAAAAUGAUUGAAUGCUGAGGUUACUGUGCUUUGGCUGACUAUUUGGAUGAGAGCCAGUACAUACUUGGGUUUAUUCAGGAGCGCACAGCCGUGGGAGGGGUGGCGUCCCUUGAGACUCCAGUGCACGCACGCAGGGAGAGCGAAGAUGCCAUUUUUGUCACUUUGCAGACUUUGAGCACCUAAACCCCAUGCUGUGGCACGUGCUCUGAGCCUGGACCUUUGUCUCCCUCAUACCUGGUCUUUCCCAAGUGCUUUGUUGUUACUCUCGCAGUAGCAUCUGAUGACUUAACCUCUCAAAUAGGACUUUCUGCUUUUUUUCCUCAGGCUAGAUUCCAUGGAAAUAGCUUCACUUCAGCAUAAAGGCAGACCAAAUUUGCCCUUCAGCCCAACCUGAUGACUCCAGCAUGGUAAGGAGGCCUGUCUGUAUUGAGGCCAGGCCUGGAAGCUGUCACUUUAGCACAACAUGGCAGCCUUUCUUACACUGACAGCGUGAGUGUACGACAGGGACAGCUGGCCAGUCUUCAGUUGGCUUCAAAUGCGUUGCAAGGCGUUAGAAAAAUGUUCCCUUUGUCAUUACCAGCGCACCCACUUCUCAUGCUGCAGCUUUGGAAUGUUGCCUGCGGUCUGUGUGGAUGUGAGGGUGUUUCCACCAUCUAACCUGGUUGUCCCAGGCUUUCCCCCUGAGCCUGGGGAGAGGUGGAAUCCUCACUCAGCAGCUGAAGUGCCCUCUUAAGGAACUUGCCAGGCAGCCUGGGUGGGUACCUGAGAUCCCCCAGGUGCUGUUCCUGGCAUCAGUCAGUACAAAUAUUCUCUCUUUGCCCAUGCUGAGAAUUAAACCACUCCUCAGCUAGAAAACAAGCCUCUCAAUGUGCUCCUUACUCUGCACUUUCAUACUGCUGGACUGGGCAAAUCAGUGCUUGGUUUUCCUUCAAAUGUUCACUGCAGAGGGAAGGGAGGGAGGGUUCACAUUUGUACUAAUCAUGACAAUUGAUACCUUUCGGUCAGGCAGCCAGAGGAACAAUGUAAAAAGGAAGUAUAUCCAGAUAGGACCCUCAGUGGUAGGUGCCUGAACACUUCUCAGUGGACAGGAAUUUGUAAUGCUCCCUCGGUGUUGUGUGUUAUGUUUUAGGUGGCUUAACUUUGUGUGCUUUGAAAGACUGAGAAAAUCUUGCUGUGUAAGAUUUCAAAGCAAAUGAGGAAUGAUUCUAAGCUAGUGCAUUAGUUUAAAAGCAGUGCUAUGGAAGGUACAGUUUAGAUCCUGUGUUUGUGUUUCAGGAGGUAUCAUCUGCUUUGUUACAUGUAUGUGGUCGGAUUUUGAUGUCUAGUGUUUGAAAGGUUGUAAUGUCCUGAAAAAAGUAAAUUUAUUUCUUGUAUCUUGCUAGUGGGAUAUGCUAUAGGUACAUUAAAGACUCUCCUUUUCUAGUAGAAAAGGACUACAAGUAUGCCCUCAUGGACAUCCAUGGAAAGUAGAGGUCAAAAAGUCUACUGAAUGUCAAUAGUGCUUUUUGGAAGCGAAGAUGUGCCAGAUUCUCAGUUAUUCCUUCUUUAAACAACUGUCUUGGACUUCUUAUGUAUAGCCAGUGCUUCCCACUUUUUGUUAUCAAAUUCCACAUUUUGUUCUGCUUUUAAACAAACCCUGAAAAUUAUAAUUGGUUGUCCUUGUGUGAACAGAUUUACAGGGAAUUUGAUCAAAAGGGUUUUUUGGGUCAGGAUGACACAGCUCAACCCUUAGCAUGCUAUUGCACUACAUCCAAAAAGAAAAGUGAACGUUAGUGAGAACCUCUCAACCCUAUUAAUUUGGAGGAGGUUUAAUUCUGUAGCUCCUAAGCAGUAAACUGGGCCCUGUUGGGCAUUGGAGUAAUUUCUGCAGAUGGAGCUGGUGUGUCCUGCAGUGUCACGAAGGCUGUUGGGCUGUCAGUGGAGGUUGGAGCACAGUGGGUUUCAUCAGUUAUGCUGAUGUUUGAAGAUGCAGCUCAGUUAACAAGUUUGGGAAGGUUUGCAGAACAGCUUUCUUUCUUUUUGGAGUUCUGCCAUACCUCAUUGCUCAGUUAAGUCCUUCCACCCUUCUGCCCAUUCACUCCCUCUGGAGAUCAAGGUUUACCACUUGAGCUCUUCACAGAUGUUGUAUAGUGAUAGAUGUCAGAUACAAGGAUGUGAAUCUUUUCACCCAUAACAAAAUUUUCAUUCUAUCGAUUUAACCAGUAUAGAAAGCUUCUUUUUUUUUUUUUCUUUUUUUUUUAAGAAAGCUCUUAAAUCAAUUAUUUUGUCUUAGCUGAUUAUUGCUCUGCCUUAGAGACCACCAUGUAUGUGAAAUUAUGUUCUUCUCUUACUGCCAGCCAGGACAAGGCAGAUUCCAAAUCUCCUUUUAAAAGAAGAUGCUUUUAUAAAUUCGAUGAGUCUUUCAGCUGUCUUGGCUAAUCCAGUUUGUGUGGCUCCCUGUUCCUUUUCUUUUUAUUCUCUUGGUCUUCAUUGUUUACAAGGCUUGGGCAUGUUAGGCUCUGGAUUGCUGUUACUGUUUUUAUAGUUUUCUAUUUUGGGGCAUGAUGUGCUUUCCAGAAAAGAGAAUUGUUUGCACAGGUGGGUUUCACAGUAAUGUGUUUUUCCCAAAUUAUGUUCGUUAUUUAGAUGGUGAAGUCCUUGGCUCUGCAGACAGAUUUCUUCCAGCAGACCCUCAUGUACAGAAUCCCAUCUGGUCACGGAAGUUCUGUAUGAAUGUGGAAUCCAGGGAAAUAGACUACUCUUAGACUAUUGACCUGCUUCUUGCCAGUCAUUAAUUUCUUCCUUUUUGAGGUGAUUGCUUGUCCUGUAUUUUGUAGUCUGAAGCUUCCAUAUUAAAGACAGAUGUAAGAUAAAAACUUCAGAAGUGCCUAAGCCCCGUUGCUACCCAGUGGGGUUUAAGAACAAAUUUUUAUUUAGGAAAAUAAUUUAUGAGUCUUAAAUUCUAUCUGUGUUGUAUGUAGCAGCGUCAAGAAAUGACAAGUUUAUUGUUCUUGGAUGAACAGUGUCUCUCAUAUGAGCUCACCCUUUGUGUCUGAAAGACUCUCAUGGUUUCCAAGGUCAUGGCUGAAAGCUCUGGAAAGUGGAUUUCCUGUGGUCACAGCAAUCAGAUGCCUGCAAAUGCCUUACACAUUCUGCAAGGUACGACUGCGAGUGUGUGGUGCUGGUGUGUAGAAAUUCUGUGUCAAAGCUAGGUACGGUAGAAUCCAGUUAAAGGCAUUGUGAAGGAAGUGACUUUUACACCAAACCUUAAACAAAAGAGUAUUUUACACCAGAAUGUAGCUGUUUGGAUACUUGGUCAAGAUAAUACAAGUCUGCAAGCAGGUUGCAACGUUGAACGUUCUCUGUGUAAAUAUAUAAAUAUUCUCAGCCUAAUUUUAUCGGCCUAACACAUGUUGCAUGGUUUGGGUUUUAUUUGCCUCAUCGAUCAUUGGUGUUGCUUAAAAGGUGAUGGGUUGAAAAUUGUGCUGGCCCUGUACUGAGCCAUUUGAACAAAGAAAAGGAGAAGGUUGUGCACCAAAAAUAAAGUUGACUGUGCUUAUGGCAGCGGUGAAGAAAGUGUUGGACCCUGCAGCAAAUAAACAGACCUCUUUAACGACCA